UUGCUUCUUCCAUCGAAAGACUCACUUUCUCGGCAAUCCCUCCAGUGACCUCAUUGGACAGGAGGUUGGGCAAUUUAAGGCCAUCGCGUUUCCACGGUGCUUCUCAGCCCAGAAAACACCUCCAAAGGCAGCUCUCGCCAUCAGAAACCCAGACGAAGUCGCGAGCUUUUUCAUCCCCUGAGUCGCCGCGGAUGGCGUCCCGGACCCUCCUGGAGCUCCUGUCCCUGAACCGGAGCCAGCCCCCGCCCGCAAACGCCACGUCCUGUGACGACGCUCGGGAGGCCUGGGACCUGCUGCACGGACUGCUGCCGGCAUUCAUCCUCGCCAUCUGCGCCUGCGGCCUGCUGGGAAACCUGCUUGUGUUGUCCGUCUUCCUCCUGCCCCGGCGGCGCCUGAACGUGGCGCAAAUCUACCUGGCCAACCUGGCCGCCUCCGACCUGGUGUUCGUCCUGGGCCUGCCCUUCUGGGCGGAGAACAUCUCGAACCGGUUCCGCUGGCCUUUCGGAGCCCUCCUCUGCCGCGUCGUCAACGGGGUCAUCAAGGCCAACUUAUUCACCAGCAUCUUCCUGGUGGUGGCCAUCAGCCAGGACCGCUACCGGGUGCUGGUGCACCCCAUGGCCAGCCGGAGGCGGGGGCGCAGGCGGCGAGCGUGGGCCACCUGCGUGCUCAUCUGGAUGGCGGGGGGCCUCCUGAGCAUCCCCACGUUCCUGUUCCGCUCCCUCGCCGCCGUCCCGGAACUGAGCGACACCUGUGCCUGCGUGCUGCUGCACCCGCCCGGGGCCUGGCACUUCGCGCGGAUGGUGGAGUUGAACGUGCUGGGCUUCCUCCUGCCGCUGCUGGCCAUCGUCUUCUACAACGGCCAGAUCCUGGCCUCCCUGCGAGGGCGCGCGGAGGUGGGCGGCACGCGGAGCGGGGGCUCCACGGAUGGCAAGACCGCGGGGCUCCUCCUCACGCUCGUGGCUGCCUUCCUGGUGUGCUGGACCCCCUACCACUUCUUUGCCUUCCUGGACUUCCUGUUCCAGGUGCAGGCCGUCCGCGGCUGCUUCUGGGAGAAGUUCAUAGACCUGGGCCUGCAGUACGCCAACUUCUUCGCCUUCACCAACAGCUGCCUGAACCCGGUGAUUUACGUCUUCGUGGGCCGGCUCUUCAAGACCAAGGUGCGGGAGCUUUGUAAACAGUGCGUCCCUAGGAGCCUUCGUCCCGUGUGCCCGGCCCAGCGGAAAGACAUCCUCCAACUUUUCUGGCAGAAGUAAACCGGCGGGGAGUCACGAAGCUUGGCUUCCGGAUCCGCGAUUUCGGACAUCGGGAAGUCCUGUUGUGGUCGGCUGGGACAGUGAGCCCCCCGAAUGGCCAGGACCCAGUCCCUGGGGACCGUGGGUGUGAUUAGGGUGGGAGGACUGUGCACGGGUGAUGGAGCCAUGGAUCUCGAGAGGGGGAGAUUAUAGGGGACGGUCUGGGUGGGCCCGACGGAGCCACAAAGGUCCUUGUAAAAGGACAGCGGCAAUGUCAGGGUCAGAGAAAGCCACGUGACAGCAGGAUCAGAGGCUGGAGUGUCGUGAGGAGCCCCGAGCCAUUGCUGGCACCCGCUGAAGGCCAGAGAAGGGAAAGGAGACGCGUUCUCCCCUCAAGCUUCCAGAAGGCGCCAGCCCUGUAGACACCCGACUUUAGCCCGAGGAGACGGACUUCGGAUGUCUGGCUUCCGGAUCCAUAAGGCAAUAAAGUCGUGUUGUUUUAA